CUUGCAUAAACCUACCCAUACCCUUUUUUCUUCUAUGGUCAAUCCAGAACGUUGAUACGACAUCCAACGGCAUCUGUGAUGCGUAGCACAGAAAAGAAGAUCUCCGAAGCCGAAGGGAAACUCUGUCCCCACCCAAGCUAGCAGACCGAAAUGGCAUCCACCUCACCGGAAUCCGCCGUCGCCGCCGCCGGGGAUGUCAACGAUCCCAUCCAAAUCCGUCGCCUAGAGCUGUCCGACCAAGAGAGGGGCUUCGUGGAUCUCCUUUCCCAGCUCUCCACCUGCCCGGACCUCACUCCGGCCGAAUUCGCCAUGCGCUUCGCCGAGCUCGCAGCUCAAGGCGACGACCACGUCAUCCUGGUGGCCGAGGACCCCUCCGCCCCGGAGCGGAGGAUUCUCGCCACGGGGUGCCUCUUCGUGGAGCGCAAGUUCCUGCGAGGCGGCGGCAAGGUCGGGCACGUCGAGGACGUGGUGGUCGAUGCCGCCGCGCGCGGCAGGGGGCUCGGGCUCCGCAUCGUGCACCGCCUUGUGGGGAUCGCCAGGGACGCCGGCUGCUACAAGGUCAUCCUCGACUGCACACCCGAGCUGCGCGCCUACUACGCCAAGUGCGGAUUUGUGGAGAAGGGGGUUCAGAUGGCUGUCUACUUCUGAACCAGACUUCAGAGAGUCAUUGCUGAAGAUUGAUGGGCUUAUCCGCUUAUGCGCUUGUUCUGCUCUGGGGACCCAUCCAGAAAUUUCUGAUUUCAGCAUGGCAGCAUUUGUAUGAACCAUAUGCUGUGUUUUUUUUUUACUGAUGUUUUUGACGUUGAGAAAUUUCCUUGGAGCUAUUAAUUCUUUACAAGGACGAUAAAUUUCCAACAGUUAUCAGGCCUGCUAGCUUUCCUGCUUUGUUAUUAUGAGGUCACCACGAAAUGCUUCCCCUUUCUAUCCAGAUGUUUGCAUCAGAUGUUAAGAUCACUAAUUCUUUAUAAGGACGAUAAAUUUCCAACAGUUAUCAGGCCUGCUAGCUUUCCUGCUA